CGAGAGCUCUUACACUGCGGGUGUGUCGGCGUCUCGCGAGAAGUUCGGUUCACUCGCUGCGUCCAGCGGGGCGCCCACCGCGCAGAGGCUGCAGGCGGCGUGAGCUGAAAGCCGGUUCCGCGCGAGUGAAGUUCUUGAGCUCCCUGUCAACCUCGAAUUUCUGAACCCCACUUGUUUCCAAAGGACUUAAUUGAAACAGAGAGAAAAAAAAUGUUAGAACCGCAAGAGAAUGGCUUAGUUGACCUGCCAGAUUAUGAACAUGUAGAAGAUGAAACUUUUCCUCCUUUCCCACCUCCAGCAUCUCCGCAGAGAGAUGGUGAAGGAGCUGAACCUGAUGAAGGGUCAGGGACCAGAGCACCUGUUCCUGUACCUGUAAAGAGAACAGUUAAAAGGAAUAUUCCCAAGUUGGAUGCUCAGAGAUUAAUUUCAGAGAGAGGACUUCCUGCCUUAAGGCAUGUGUUUGAUAAGACAAAAUUCAAAGGGAAAGGUCAUGAGGCUGAAGACUUGAAGACACUAAUCAGAAACAUGGAGCACUGGGCACAUAGGCUAUUCCCCAAACUGCAGUUUGAGGAUUUUAUUGACAGAGUUGAAUACCUGGGAAAUAAAAAGGAAGUGCAGACCUGUUUAAAACGAAUUCGACUUGAUCUCCCUAUUUUACAUGAAGAUUUUGUUAGCAAUGAUGAUGAAGUGGGGGAAAGCAAAGGCCUUGAUGUAACUGCUGCCGAAUUAGAUCCCUUUUUGACAGACUCAUCUGAAAGUGAGAAGUUUGCUUCUGAGUUAAGUAGAAACCUAACAGAAGAGCAACAACAAAGAAUUGAGAGAAAUAAACAACUGGCCUUGGAAAGAAGGCAGGCAAAGCUACUGAGUAAUAGUCAGUCCCUAGGAAACGACAUGUUAAUGAAUACACCCAAGGCACAGACAGUUGAAGAGAUUUGUAUUGAUGAAGACCAAAAUGAGGAGUCAAAUGGAUUAAACAAAGACAUUUUAGUCAGUUCACAUAAUGAUGCUUCUGUAAAUGAAGAGGAACAAUUAAAAUUAGAGGAAACACAACUGGACCAAUCCUUUUAAAAUGUGCAAAGGUAAUUUUAUGCUUCAUCCAGAAGUGUUAUCAAAGUUAGAUACUCCUCCCCUAGAAAAAGUAUCUAUUAACUCUUCUGCAAGUUUGGGAUUAUUGUGUAUUUUGUCUGCUUUGUAAGAAAACCCUUAUGUAGUAAAAGUGUUUGGAUUCUUGUUUAAACUCUGAUAUUUAUUUAUAAUUGUCACUAAUAUUAGUAAAGUCUUUUUUUUAUAUAUAGAUAUGACUUCAUAAAGUGAUUAUUAGUUAAGCAGCUUCUAAUACAAGUGUGUAUUAAAUGCCUUAUUUCCACUAAAUUGCAUGUUUUAAGAUGUAAAUAUGUAUUUAAAUUUUUUGGGGGGGUGCUACUGGGAAUUAAACCUAGGAGUGCUAUACCAUUGAGCCCUUUUUAAGACAGGUCUUGCUAAAUUGCUGAGGUUGUCCUUGAACUUGUGAUCCACCUACCUUUUCCCCAGAUCACUGGGAUUGCAAUUAUGUGUCACCAAGCCUGACUUGACUUCACUUUUAAAAUUUUGUUUAGAGACAGGAUCUUGCUAAGUUGCUUAGAGCUUCACUGAGCUGCUGAGGCUAGCUUUGAAUUCACAAUCCUCCUGCCUCAGCCUCCUGAGCCGCUGGGAUUACAGGUGUGUGCCACUGUGCCAGGCUUAAUGUCACUUUUUUUCUUUUGGUAAUGGGGAUUGAACUCGGGGGCACUCGAUCACUGAGACACAUCCCCAGCCCUGUUUUGUAUUUUAUUUAGAGACAGGGUCUCACUGAGUUGCUUAGUGCUUCACUUUUGAUGAGGCUGGCUUUGAACUUGAAAUUCUCCUGCUUCAGCCUCCCAAGCCACUGAGAUUAUAGGCAUGCACCACUGUGCCCAGCCUUGGUGUCACUUUUUAAUUAAUUUUUUUCAUGGCACUGGGUAUUGACCCCAGGGCCUUGUACAUCCUAGGCAAGCAGUCUCUGCCACUGAGUUACACCUUCAGCCCACUAAUGUCUUUUUUUUUUUUUUUUUUAAUAUUGUUUUAGUUGGACACUAUACCUUUAUUUUAUUUGUAUGUGGUGCUGAGGAUCAAACCCAGAGCCCCACAUGUGCUAGGGGAGCACUUUACUGCUAAGCCACAACCCUAGCCCCCUAAUGUCUGUUUUUUAAAAAGAAAUAAAAAUGUCUUUGGAAA